AUGCCUACCCUGAAUGUGAAAUGUGGGCCUAUGCUCAAGUACGACACUGUCGCUAAUGGCAUUUACCAUGCUUUCGCGCUUGUGGUGACCAAGGACGAGGAGAGCAAUGUAUCACCCGAAGCGCCACCCACUUUACAGCACCGCACUGCUCCCUCCAAGGGACCUGCAGUACAGGAUGCUCCUCCCGCCAUUCUUGCCGACAAUGCACACGCCACGUCUAAAGGCCAGAGAAUCUAUCAAUACAAAGGAGUGGGACCUGGCAAUCAGGAAGGCUCCUACAGCUUUUGGAGGUUCAAGAUUGAAAUCCCUUUGGCCGAGGUGGAGCAAGCUGUGACUUACUCUGUGGACGGAGUGCCUCACGCAGAGUCUGAUGUGCCUGCUGUGACCGACACCAACUCUCACACAUUCUAGUGAGUGUCGCCGAGGAACGGCGAGCAGCCUUCUGGGCGCUUCAAGUCGUGCCUCCUCACAUGCGCUGAUCCCGCCUAUGAUUCGUAUUUCAGCGUCCCUGGCAAGUUCCAAAACUUCCGAUGGGCUGCGCACUCAUGCAACGGCUUCUCUUCAGGCUGCGAUCCAAGCGAUUGGGCGCCUCCUGAUGCCAAGGAUGAGGCGCCCUUCAAUGGUGCCAACCCUCUCUGGGAUGAUGUUUUGGCACAUCAUCAAAAGAACGUCUUCCACACAGUGGUGGGAGGGGGUGACCAGCUGUAUGCUGACAAGCUCAUGAACGAGCCAGAGCUCAAAGCAUGGCACGAGGAAAGCGAUCCCAAGAAGCGCAUGAACAUUCCUUUGACGGAUGAGAUCCGCACCUGCCUGGAAAGAUUCUACUUCACAGCAUACUGCAACUGGUUCGGGGGCGGAACGUUCAGCAAGGUCAUUGCUCAGAUUCCCAUGCUCAACAUGCUGGACGAUCACGACUUGAUCGAUGGAUUCGGGACAUACCCGGACGACCUGAUGCAGGCAGAAGUGUUCAACACGAUCGGACGCAUCGGCUUCAAGUAUUACUACUUGUUCCAGCAGUUCCUCAACCCACUUGAUCUCGACGGUCUUGACGACAAGAACCACAUCAACAAAUCAGUAAUCAUCGGCGCACCAGCAGCAUACGUGCAGAUCCCCCACCACUCCAUUCUAAGCUACUUGGGCCCCAAGCAGUAUAUUCUUCUGGUGGAUUGCCGCGCUGAGCGCAAGGUCGCUCAGGUAUGCUCGGAGCAGAGCUAUAAGAAGCUUUUCGAUGCUGUGCGUGCUCUUCCACCAGGCGUGGAGCAUCUGACGAUUUUGCUCGGAGUUCCCUUGGCAUACCCCCGGAUGGUGUUCUUGGAGCGUACCCUCUCAAGCUCUCUGAAUCCCCUGGUUCUACUCGCUAAGGGUAUCAGUCUCGGUUUCACGAACAAAUUCAAUGGUCAGGUAGAGCUGUUGGAUGAUUUGGGAGAUCACUGGACAGCAGCGCCGCACAAGCGCGAGCGCAACUGGCUUGUCGAGCGGGUACAGGAGCUGGCGUUGGAGAAGCAUCUGCGCACCUCCUAUCUCAGUGGCGAUGUGCACGCGUGCGGCGUGGGAGUAUUCCAUGGCUACCACGCGCACGACCCUGCCCUCGACCCGAAGUACGCUCUCGCUGUGAUCACCAGCGCGAUCGUCAAUGCUCCACCUCCUCCCCCCGUCAUUUCGAUGCUCAACAAGCUCAGUCGGAAGACGCAUCGCAGCUUGUUUUACUGUGGCACAAAGGAGACGAUGGUGCCUCUAUUCGAGGAGGACCUUGCAGGCAAGAAGCAAGUGAGUACAUUGAUUGUGAAAGUGUAUGGCGUGCUCGAUCAGCUUCUAGCUGACCCUUUCGUAUUUAUUGCUACCAUGUUAGAACGACAAGUACAUUCUGGGAGCGCGUAAUUGGUGCGCAGUCGACUACUUUGAAGACAGCGGAGAUUUGCAAUUCGACCUGCGCGUUGAGAAGGAGAAGGGAAGAGGGGCAGAGGGUACCAAGUCUUACCCUGUGCGAACUCCCAAGCCCAAGUGGAACAUCGCCAAGGAGCACCACCACCUGCUGCACACGAAGAAGUGGGGCGAGAUCAUGGGCGGCAAGAAGGGCGCGCACGAAAAGGGCCAUUCUGAUGAUGGGUCCCAAUCGUCUCAUGCUUCUUGA